AUGGAUAAUAAAAUUGUUUCGAAUCUCUUUGGAAUUGCUGGCGCUAUUUUAUGGUCAAUUCAAUUAGUGCCUCAAAGUAAAAAGAGUGCAGAUAAUCUAUCACCUCUUUGUUUUUUAUCAUGGUAUAUCUGUGGUAUCUUUCUUGGAACCUAUUUACUCUUUGAAAGAGAUACAAUAGCUCUCAUCAUCCAGAUAUUUGCUUUCACAUUCUUUUGUCUUGCACUACUCUUUCAAAUUAUGCAUUAUCAAAAGAAGAAACCAUUGAUGAGUUUAGCAAGUAUCUUUAUUGCUGCGAUUAUAUUGUCUGUUGUGAGAAACGCGAUGAAAUACGAGAAUUUCAAGGAUGACAUUGAGAUGUCUGACACCACCACCGGCGCCAAAGGCGAUGCCGAUAACAAGGAAGAUAACGAAGAUUCCGAGAAGGCGGCACUUAACACUCAGUACAAUACAUUUGCCGAUCCGGCAUUGUUCAAGCCACUCUCUAGCUCCAACGACAAGAACGAACUGAAUGAAAUGGCCAAGCCAAACAUCACCACCAGCUUGAUCCGCUCGUCCUAUAUCAUUUCACAUUCCGCUCAAGUACAGGAAUUCGAUCAUAUCGUACCAGACUCUGAGUCUGACUCUGAAGAGGCAACUCUCAAACAAAAUAUCAUUCUCAACCAAACAUCCUCACUCUUUGGACGUGCUGUCAACUAA